CUUCUUGUUAGUGUAUCGCGGCAACUUGGCCAAACAACUAAAUGUUCUUCCGCCAGAUGGCAAAAUGUAGAUAAGAAACUUGAUUAUCCACUUUUUUUUGUUUGUUUGUUUGAUGGUGAGGAUUUUUCCCCCUCCCGAUAUGUGCCUUGGCUCAAUAAAGGUUGGAAAACGCCGGUCAGUCGAGAAAGAAGUCAAACGGCGCCAUCUGCUGGGCGCGCCAGGAAGAUUCUCCACCGGCUGCCCCCGAUUUUGUUGCGGCCGGGGGAGUGUGUCGCGACGUUGUGUACAAGUCCUUUUACCAGCGCGGGUUUUCGCCACAUUGAAUCCGUUUUGCUCAUUUGUUUUGGAGAAGGAAAGAGCGAGGAGGCCUCGUUUGGAUUCGGUCGGAGACGUGCUGCGUGUGGGCGGCGCUUAGCGCUGCCGUUUCCGGAGCUUGCUCCAGCCAGUCGCGGCACUCCGCUUCGGCUGCGAUGCCGGCCGCUCACCGUCGCCGUUCGGGUCCGAGAGGUGUCCCGCGUCGGGGGUGAGCCUUCCUUCCCGCGGGAAUCACAAGUUGGACGCCGAGCUCUCGUCGGACGCGUGUGCCGCUUGCCCUUAAAGCUUGUUCGCUUCGGAGAAUGGGCGCGCGAUGAUUCCCGUUCCCGUCUUGAGGACGGUGGAGACCUCCCAAGGCAUCGGUCAUGCUCUCCGGUGAGGGCGCGGAUCGGCGGGAGCCCGCCAUUACGGCGCAUGGAGGUCAAAGGUCAUCUGAUCACAUCCAUGGGUUUGCUGGGCGCUCUGGAUGCGCAAGUGCGCCACGACGGCAAGCUGCAGGCCGAGCGGGUCGCGGCUCUGCAAGAGAGGAAGCGGGCCCUGGAGGCGCUGCUCAGCGCUCGCGUCGACGAGCUCAAACUUGUUUGUUUCCAAGAAGCCGAGCUGACGGGGAAGCUGCCGCGAGCCUUCCCCCUGGAGACGGGGGAGAAGCCCCCGACGGUGCGGCGCAGAGCCGGCGCGCCUCCUCCCAACGACGACGUCGCCCGCGGGAGGCGGAUGAAAGCCAUGUUGACGGGCGCCCUGUACCGGCACGCCGAGUCGGACGGGAACCUCCCCAACGGCAAGAGGACGGUUCACCGCGGCUGUCACACGGAGGGCGGCGUCCCGUCGGAGAGCACGAGCUCCGUGUCCGAUUCAACGUCGCACGACGACGAGCGCCCCCCCGGCGUGGCCGCCGAUCGGCGCUCCCUGUCGCAGCCCGGCCUCAGCGCCGCCAGCCCCGACCGCGCCAUCCGAAAGAAACUCUCUCCCGUCGAGAUUUACUACGAAAUGAGGACCCGGCGGAAUUCCCUCACCGGCUCCGUCAGCCCGACUCACUCUUUGCCAAGAAGCGCGUCCAACGCGGAAGGCAGAAGCGUUCCGGCGACGCCCCUCUUGGCCCGCACCACAGCCAUCAGCGUUCACGUCAGGUCGGACGCGUCGGGGAGCAACGGCUUGAAACAGUGGUCCGGCAGUCUGGACGCGCCCUACAUGAUCCCACUGGCCCGGGAGGGCCUUUCCACCUCCAGAGCCAGACGCAGCUACAGCUCGGAGGCCCUGCUGGAUCGCUCCGGCCUCCCGGACCGCCCCCCAAAUGGCACGCGGCCCGCGGGGGGGCCCCGCGAGAGCUCGCAAGCGCCCGCGGACGGGAAUCUACGACACGUUCGCCCGGGCGGCCCCGAGAAGCGGGCGGACGGCUCGGGGGAGCGGGCCGAAACGACGGGGGGCCGGGGGGCCGGGGCGGGCCGCGACGACCCCUUGACGGACUACGUGUGGGGACAGCGGCAAAGGAUGCGAGCGCGGCCCGACCUCUUCCGGUCCCCGCCCUCUCGGCGCCCCCGCGGCCGAGGAGCGGCCCCCGACGCCGACGGCUUCUCCCGCUCCCAGCUGCAUCUGCCGGGCGCCGCCCCCCCUUUCAGCCCCGCGGUGGGCCGGGGCGCUCCGGCCGACGCACGCGGGGUCAAGGUGGCCAGGACCAAAUCUUGCGGCCCCUUCGUCCCUUUGCGGGAGGCCGCCCCGCCGUCGGCGUACGAGUCGCGCCUUCCCGCCCCCGGGACGGAGGCGUCCGUCCGCGCCUUCCCGGGAAGAGCCCCGCAAUUGUCCCUGGCCACCCCCGAGGACGCGACGCGCAGCCUGCACAAAGCGCUGGCCCUGGAGGGACUGAGAGACUGGUACCUUCGCAACGCCCUGGGCUACCCUCCCAAGGGCCACCAAGCGGGCGUUUCGCGGCUGUCGCACGCCCGCCCCCAGGCGCAGUCCGUCCAAGGCCAAGCGGGCAACCCCCACAGGCCUCAAAUGUCCCAGUCCGUCAGCUUCCACGGCCACCCGCUGCACGGCAGGUCAACUGAGCUGUCCCUCUAUCAGGAGACUCCUCACCCGCAGACGCAAGAAGGGGCCCCCGAGGAGCCCAGCGCAGACCCGGGCACCCUCGUCUGAAGCGGGGGGGUGGGGGGGGAGCCAAAGGACCGAGCAUCCGCCCCAAGUCCAGACUUGAACGGGGAAACAAAACACGGCGACCUCGGCGGAAAAAUGAGCGUCACCAACGCCGGGAAGCCGCGCGGCGUGAAAAGCCCCGUCGGGAGGCGAUCCCGUCGUGCGGGUCCCCAGCGUUCACUGAGAAUAUUGUCCAGCCGUCCCUCCGAACGGAGACGGGUCUCCCCCGCAUCUACUUUUUCUAUCACUUUUGUAGCUCUCCAAAAGUUCUAUUGAAGACAGCCUGUGUUGCUCAUGAAGCACGAUGACAUGCAAGUCAAGGUGCGUUUGCGGACGAUUACAAGCAGAACGAAAGAAAACAAAAAGAGACCUCGAUCUCCAUCUGCCAUUCGUUUUCCAGCCGUUCCUACUUGUCAACGCGGACAUGCCAAACGGGCCGGAAACUCGAGUCGAGCAGAGCGCUUUCCAAUCCUCCCCAGCGGUCGUAUUUAGCCUCUCGCUUUUGAACGGAAUCCAGUGAAGCGGCCGGCCGGCUGGCCAGCGACGCCACCGAAAGUUGGGCCCCUUUGAUUGGUCGUCAUCGCAGACGAGCGGCCGGGGCGCUCGCAGUCGUCAUCGGCCUCUUUCGCCCUGUAAAUAGUGUCCAGGAUCUUUUAGUUCCUUCCUAACAAGUCGGAUUUUUCAACUAACUGCACGUUUCCACUUUUCAUGAAUUUGAUUUUCUGCUCACAUCAAGCACCAAAAAGUUGAGGCCGCCGUCCCGUUGUUGUUCUGAGUGAGCCGGGCUCACGCCAGAAAAUGGAUCUCUGCCGAUCAUUUGAACAUUUCCACCACUCUACUCGUUUUUGUCGGGUUGUUGUUUUUGUUUCACGUCACAGUUUGGUGUCGGCCGCAGAGAAAAAAGACGCUUUGCAUUCCGUUCCAUCCAUUUCUUAGUUUCGGCGACAUCCAAUUGUAAUCCGUUUGAUGUCAACGGAACUUGGCGUAUUUUUGAGCGUACGUACGAUCUUUGGACUCAUUUGAAUGUAUUUCUUUGUUUGAUGCUGUACGUUUCCUACUGGCGACCAAACCGUAGCACCCCCCCUGCGGAUUUAAUGUUCAAACAUACUCGGCUUAUAGGAUUUUCCGAAAAGACCAAAUGUCUGUGCACUGGGAGUCGAAAUGUAUUUUUCUUCGAGCGGAGAAGAACUUUAGCUCCAAAUCUGGUCUAUUCCUCAACUUGAAGCCUUUGUAGCAAUCUACUGUAGCUCAUUCUCAUCGGUCAGUGCGGGAAUGAACGCGUUCGAGCCGUCAUACGCAGCGGGGUGACUUGCUAACAUCCGAGUCUCUCUUGCUCUCUCUUUUAAUGUGUUGAAAUAGCGCCGUUGCGUCUCCGUUCAUUUAACGGGUCUAUGAAAUCAGGCUCAGUAGGCCUUCCCUUAUCCUCGAUGUACCCGUACGUAUGCAAUUGUGCAUUCAUUCGACUCAAAUAAAGUUUCAUGUUGCAAUCAA